AUAAAAAUAAACAAAAUUAAAAAAAGGUAAUUAAAAUAAACAAAUAGAUUAAUUUCUUUAUUUAAAUAUAUAUGUAAGUAACAUUUCAAUUUAUUUCAGAGUAAAUUGUUAUGGCAACGAAGUGAAGUCGGUCCGUUAACUGGACACCAGCAAUGAAGGAGUUGCUGGUUGAAGCAGUAAAGCCCUUUUCAAUAACAGUGGAGAGUAAAAUGAAUGAUGGGAAGACUCUCAAAGCCAAAUUUGAAGCUUGGCAGAGCAUUCAAGAAAUGUUCAAUGCCACUGGCUAUUGCUUUACAGCAAAGCAAAUAAGGGAACAAUGGAAUCGGCUGAAAACGCAAGCAAGGAGCAAAAUAAGUGCUUUCAGUCGGUCUCAGAAGGAAACUGGUGGGGGAACACCCCCAAAGAUCCUUCUGAGAUCGACAUUGAAAUAUCUGCAAUGUCGUCGGUCGAUUUCCAAUUGGAUAGUGCGGAAUUUGAUAGUGAUGCAAUUCAGGCAUAUGAAAUCGAAAACAUACCACCACCUGAAACACCACCACAAGUUAAAACAAAACCCAAAACAAGGUCACCAGAUGUGGGCAAAUCACCACCAAAAAGAUCGGCAAUAAAAAGGAAAGCAAAAAAAGCCAACAAUAUUAACAUCUGAAGAAUUAAUAAAAAAAAGAAUUGAACAAGUUGAAAUGGAAACAGAAAAAAACAAAAAUAUCCUGAUACUUAAGGAAAAAGUAUUAUUAAAAAAAUUGGAAGUGCAAGAGAGAAAGCUUGUGUUGGUAGAUUUAAAAAUCCAAAACAUGGAGCAAAACAAUGUUUAGAGUUGUUAUUUUUUUUAAGCCAAUGAUUGAAACAAAACCUGAAAACAGACUGAACUGUGAUUUUUUUUUUUUGUAUGAUAAAGUAGUAUUAAGCUUUUUUUCCA